AUAUACAGAACCCAACGUAUCUGCAAUAGCCGAGGCUUGCUUGGCUUUGGUUCCUUUGGUGCUGUGCCGUGCUUAUACAGUUCGUCUGUGGUGCAAAAACAGGAGGCCGCGCUUUCUAUUACAACAAGAGGAGCCGCAUUGGUUUUUCUGUGUGAGAAGCGGAGCAAGGAAUUAGUACACACACGAUUGUGUGCGAUUGUUUUGAUUGGUUCCGGAAGGGAAGGAAGGAAGAAGACGAAGAAGCAGCAGAAGAAGUGGUGGAGAUUGUGAGAGUGUAUGGUUGAUGGAAGCCUACUAAGAUAAAGUGGAAUUGUGAGAGCAAACGAAAGUGUGAUUAACCAAAGGAUAUACGGCGUGUGCAGAGCAGGAUCGAAGGAGGCGAAAGUUGCUUAAUUUGUUCGGCAAGAAGCGCAGCAGGCAACCUCGAGGUAGAGGUUCCAGGAAAAGGAAACCAGAACCAUGUCGGAGCACCAUCGUGGUGCCUGGGGUACGCGGGAAGACGCCGUGUGGUGGCCCGGGGGUAUUUCGUCGACGGACCAGCAAACGAUCCAGCACCAUCAACAUCUACUUAACCAGCACCACCAGCAGCAACUGGCCCAGCAACAACUCCAGCAACACGUGCAACAGCAGCAACAGCAACAACAACAGCAACAGCAGCAACAACAACAGCAACAGUCACACAGUAACGAUGUUGCUCGAAGCAAUAGUACAACGUCGACGUCCGCCACGCAGCAGUUGUUCUCCUACAAGAUGGCCAACAGUUUUCAGAACCCGGUCACGAGUCUGUCCGGCGUCACGGUGUCCACCUCGAACAGCCCCUACGACUACCGUCUCGGGAUGAGCGCUGCGGCGGCGUCCGGCGUCGUGUCGAGGCCCGGCGAUCCGCCAACCAUGGCCAGCACAGCCCCAACGACCCAGUGGUGGUACCCCGGUGGACAGAACGCCAUCGACAACAGUCUGCAACAGCAGCAGCAGCAACAACAGCAACAGCAGCAACAACAACAUCAGGUACAACAACAACAACAACAACAAAGCCAACAGCAACAGAGCCAACAUCACCAACAAGCUCAUAACCAACAGACCCAAUCGGUAUGUACCCCUUCUUGGCCGGCCGAAAGACCUCCCCACCUCCUCCUCCCUCUUCUAUCCACCUGGUUUGUGACCGUCCGUCGUUUCUUCACGCGCGGAGAGAGAGCGUUGGUUCCGGGUUGUUGCGUUUCGGGGUUGCUGAAUUUUUUGGCGCGCAUUUUUCAUGAUGACUCACGAACCACGACGACGACGACGACUCUCGCUCGCUGGUUGAGCUCCUCUCUCGCGUUCGUGCACGUUAUCAUCAAAGCAUAUGUUUAUUACAUGAUUAUCACGUUUUUACCGCCCCACGUUGUGACGCCGUCACUACUGGUGGACCAAAAUAAAAAUAUAGACAUCGCAUCCCCCACCCACGCCGGAGCAGCAAGAUUGUUGCUUGUAUUGCAUAUCAGGCACGAACUCGCUGGAUAG